AGCAGCCGCCAUGGCUCUGCGCUACCCUAUGGCCGUGGGCCUUAACAAGGGCCACAAGGUGACUAAGAACGUGAGCAAGCCGAGGCACAGCCGCCGCCGCCGCCGCGGGCGCCUCACCAAGCACACCAAGUUCGUGCGGGACAUGAUCCGAGAGGUGUGCGGCUUCGCCCCCUACGAGCGGUGGGCCAUGGAGCUGCUCGAGGUCUCCAAGGACAAGCGCGCCCUCAAGUUCAUCAAGAAAAGGGUGGGGACACACAUCCGCACCAAGAGGAAGAGAGAGGAGCUGAGCAACGUCCUGGCCGCCAUGAGGAAAGCCGCAGCCAAGGACUGA